CUGAACAUUUGCACUUUUUCCCUUAUCCACUUUUCCAGGAAGGCAAUAGAACGCUUCGGUGUAGGUUCAGGCGGUACUCGAAAUAUCUCCGGCAACUCACUUCUUCACGAAGCUCUGGAACACGAACUUGCCGAUCUGCACAACAAAGAGGCUGGUCUUCUCUUUACCUCCUGUUUUGUAGCCAACGAAGCGAUUCUCUACACACUCGGCACACUGAUUCCUGAUCUAAAAUUCUUUUCAGAUGCCAGUAAUCACGCCUCCAUCAUCCACGGUAUUCGUACAAGCCGUGCCCCGAAAUUCAUUUAUCCUGAGAACGAUCUCAACAAGUUGGAUGAAUUGAUGACCACUGAGUCAUCACCUAGUGCACCAAAGCUAGUCGCGUGUGAAACUGUUCAUUCAAUGAAUGGCACCAUAAGUUCGAUCGAACAAUUCUUGGACGUAUGCGAAAAACACAAUGCCCUGAGUUUUGUGGAUGAGGUUCAUGCAGUUGGACUCUAUGGUGAUCGAGGUGCUGGUGUAGCAGAGGAGAGAGGAUGUAUGCAUCGUAUUGAUGCUAUCACUGGAACACUUGGCAAGGCUUAUGCAAGUAUCGGUGGCUACUUAGUUGGAGAUAGGGCUCUCGUGGACAUGAUACGUUCCUACGCUGGAGGUCUGAUCUUCACUACUUCUCUCCCACCGCCCACUUUAGCUGCUGCUCGGACCAGCAUCGCUAUUCUUAAGACGAGUGAAGGGCGUCAGUUGCGCGACGAACAUCGUCGACGUGUUUCCAUCGUGAGAAGACGUCUGCAGGAAGCUGGUCUUCCAACACCCGAUCUACCAUCUCACGUCAUACCAAUUUUUGUUGGAAGCCCCGAAAUAUGUUUAAGCAUCUCAGAGGAGCUUCUUAGCAAGCACCAGAUAUAUCUACAAUCAAUCAACUAUCCAACAGUGGCUAAGGGAACUGAACGACUUCGUUUAGCGCCAUCACCUUUCCAUAACGAUGAAAUGACUGAUCAUCUUGUGAAUGCGCUUGUGAAAGUCUGGAAAUCCCACAAAUUGCCCCUGAAGCAUUAA